AUGUGCACGGAAUUUACACCAGAAAAUAUUAUUGAGUGUUUUGUCUAUAAUAUUAAGGCAAUACUUCGUAAGAUUUUGCAAUGGGGCACGGUCGUCACAAGAUUCAAUAAAUUGACUCGGUCCAAUGGUGCAAGAAAAAUAUCUGGGCGUCGUGUCGCAAGGAUAAAUCACGAAGGACUCGAUGGAUCAUCAGAGAAUGCUCUUACAGAAAAUUGGGGCUGA